UUCCGCUGUCAAUGUAAACAAGCUGAACACAAUACUGUCGCGAUCCAUUGAGUGUUAUUUACGGUCGAUUGCUGUAUUGACCCUUACAAAAUGGGUGACAAACAGUACCACCUCAAAUUUGAUGGCUCUAAGGCUCAAGCUGUCGAUGCCUACCUGGAAUACAAAAGAAUUGUUGGGGAGGACGAUGGCGGCAUCAUGUUCACCCCCGACGAGUACGAGGACUAUAAGAAAAGGGUCAUUCCCAUGCGAAUGAAAAACCGCCUGUUCACGAGUUGGUCAUCGCCGACUGGAAUGGACUGUAAGAUGAUUGGUCCAGAAACCCUUUGUUUCUGUAAACACAGGUACAAACAGCAUCAGACCGACUUUGAGGACAUCCCCACGGAACGCCCCAUCCUCCUCCUGUGCAGGGCCAAGGGGUGCAAGUGUGUCUCCUACCACUACGUCCCCCUCAACGGCGGUCAGCCUGUCCGCUGCACGUGUAAACACACGGCCGAUGACCACUCUGAGAAGGGACCGUUUGUGUGCAAAAAAGGUGGCUGUACGAAGUGCACAGGCUUCAAGAGUCCCUUCACCUGUGGCUGUGGCUCGCCCGUCCAUCAACACACCAUGAUCGUUGAGACAGCAGAUGAGAGGGAGGGGAGAGGUCACCCUGUUGGUCAGGCCACACCCUACGCCGCCAUGGGUGGGCUCACGGGGUUCUCCUCCCUGGCCGAGGGGUACAUGAGGCUGGACCCAAGUGGACAAGGGGCCCCAAGCAAGGAGUUCCUUGACCAGGAGAUCACCUCCAACGACAAUCCGUUCCUGAGAGCCAAUGUCCAUUCUAUCAAAGCUCAUCAGAUGGCUAAGAAGACAUCAGGUAUCAAGGGGGCGGACGACGAGGUGUUCGACGACAUCACAGAGAGGGUGUCCGCCAUGCGACGCCCUGGGGAGGAAGACAUGGACUACUUCGAGAGGCGGUACCAGGAGAGGCUGAAGGCAGAGAAGGCUGCCAAACGGAAAGAGAUUGGCCCAAACUUGAGGCAAGGUCAAAGGAAGGCUAUUACACCGAAAUCUAAGACGCCAGCAGGUCGGAGUGGAACCCCAGGAAAAUAGGCGAGACUGAGCUGACACUGCUGUUUUCACAAGUGCUAUUACUUCCCAGGGUUAACCCUUAGAGCUUUCACUAAUCUGUACGCUUCUGUGUGACCUGAUCAGAUUGUAGAUGUCUCUACACGGUUGUUGUACUCAAAGAUGUGAUACAAAAGGUCUUUGUACAACAAAGGUGUUUAGUUCAAGACUAGAUAUCUUAAUAUUUCAAAUUUGAUUUGAAAACACAUGCGUGUAGACCAUGAAGACACGUGUUCUUGAAGUAACGAAAUUCUACCUAAAAGGGACCCGGGUGGUUUAAUGUAUGGUAUAAAAUGAACCCCAUAAUUCAAUUGCUUAACAAAACAGUAUUAUGCUUAGCUAGUAUCAGCGUAAAGUAACUGAUCAAUGCAUUAGUAUGUGGAUACUAUGCUGAUUCAUUGUAAUGAUUAUAAUAUGGUUUUAGGUGUGGGAACGAACAGUCAAAAGUAUAUUUUUUUUUAAUAAUAUUAGAAAGUUAACACAUAAAACCGGAUACCAGCUGCCUUAGUGGCCAAAGAACCAGGGAAAGUGGCUUGGAAUCCCAAUUUGGCUCUGCUUACCCUCCUUGGUUUAUCAAUACCAUGCAGUUCUCAUGGAGUUCUCCAAAGUGACGCCUACUGUCGGGGGUACCUGGAGAUGACAUGUCUCUCAUAAAAUAUGACGCACUAUGGAUAUUAUCCAAAUACUGAAAUGCUUAGUGUGUGCGCAGGUAAAAGAGUCCAUAUUAAAACAAUGCAUAACAGAAAGGAGAUGAACCUAUUUCGUUGGCGGAUGCAGAUUGGGGUGUGUUUGCAGGGGUGCGCACCCAUGAAAAAACACACCCCACCCCUUUUUUCUAGAAAAUGUAUUAAAUGCACAUUGAAACUCUCGUGAAAACGGGUAAAAAUGAACUGUGCAGCCCCCUUUCUCAAAAUGCUGUAUCCGCCCAUGUAUUACAUUGUGACCACGAACCAUCUUAAAAAAUUCAAACAGAAUAGGUUCAUUUCCAAACUUUUCUUCUGUCUAUCCCGUCAUAGCACUUAUGUUCAUCAAAUUCUAAAAUACCUAAUGUGUAAGCUUUAUUAUAUUAGCGUAAAACCGUAUACUGUGUAGUGGUACAUUAUAUCAUAGGUGUGUGAAUUGUUAUGUAUAUACUGCCGCUCUAGUCUAAUUAUUUAUAUAAUGUUCAGUUAAAAGAUCUAUAUCUUGAUAACUUUUCAUAUUUGCAAUCACUUCUCCAUACAUUAUCCACACAUUAUUUGUUUUCCAAGCGGCGUAAUGCAGCAACAAGACACUAGUAGUACGUUAUACCAGAAAGCGUACGUCAUAUCCACUUCUGGUUCAUUAUCACAUCAGUGGUUACGACUUCAACCGCCAAGAUAAUUAAAAUUGUCUUCACUCGUAAUGAAAUCCAGUUAUCUGAUUGGCCAGUCUCGAAAACAUUGUAGAAAACAUGCAACAGGGUAAGCCAACGUGACGUCACAUUGUCGCCUAUGACGUCUUCCACUUAUCCCUCUGCAUACUGGUUCACGGAUCCUCCGCUUGGUGUCGCUGCACUUACCCGGCUUUCCCAGCCUGUCGGAGGAACGAACGGGAACCAGUUUUAUCCCACUAUGGCCCUGUUUUGCAGCUUGAGGGUCCAUAACGAUCAGUGUGAUGUCAGGCAGAUCUGAUAUUGUCACAUAAACACAUCUCACGGGAAAACUGUAUGUAUUUGUGAGCACCUGUUACAUUCGUUGCAUUUGCCACGUUUAACACAUGUGGGUACGGGGCAGUUGGAUAGCCUAGUGGUUAAAGCGUUCGCUUAUCACGCGGAAGACCGGGUUCGAUUCCCCACAUGGGGACAAUGUGUGAAGCCCAUUUCUGGUGUCCCCCGCCGUGAUAUUGCUAGAAUAUUGCUAAAAGCGGCGUAAACCAAACUCACUCACUCACUUACUAGCGGGUACGGGAUUUACCAGCGGGAUGGUCGUGUACAACCCUCGACAUUCUGUCUGGUGCAGUAUCCCCCAUACCCAGCUAAUAACACGCCAAAUUCUUCGCCAACUUUAAUCAAAACAUUCCUUGAAGAGCGACAACAAGGACCGAUAGUCUCUCAGUGUGUGUCAGUUAUGUAGUUGUGGACGUAUUGAUGUUAAUGUGUGUUUUUGUCCCAAUGUUACGUGUUGAACAGUUUAAACCUUUUUGUUCAUAUUGGUUUCAAUCAAAUUGUUAUGUUCUUGUUCAGUAUAUCUUAUGGCAAUAAUUCCACCAUUUAGCUCCCGAGAGCUCAUAUAUUUGCGAUAUGAAGUCAGAAUUAAAAGCAUCGCACGUACAAAUUGAGGAAGUUAUGAUUUUACAUAUGAUCCGUCCGCGAAGAAACAUGUUACGUUUUAUAUAGAUGCAUGAAUUUAUUUUAAUAAAGUAUAUUUUAGUUCACGACAA